GUUGGAGUUUUGACGUGGCACUUUGCUUACACUUACACAGCGACUGACGCCGAAGCUUCUCCAACUCACCCAUUCUGGCGCACAGGGUUGUACGAAUCCCACUGAUCUGGAAUGAGAAAAGCCUGACCCACCAGCAAGCACAAUGAGUCAACAGGGUUAUGUGGCGACGCCCCCUUACUCUCAGGCCCAGCCUGGCAUGGGGGGGUAUCCCUCUGGUUUCGGAGCCCCGCCUGCUCAGCCUCUUUAUGGCCAUUAUGGGGCGCCCCCCCAGUCAUACCCCUCUGCACCACUGGGGGCUCUCAAGUCACCUGCGUCCUCAGCCUCUGGCCUUCCUCCACCACCAGGCCCCGCCCAGUUCAGUCCCAACGGCCUGCAGAAUGGAGCUCACUCCCAACGGUUCCCUCCUCCUGCUUCCACCCCCUCUGUGUCUCCAUAUGGACAGCCUCCUCCAGCCAUGUACCCUAGCCCUGCCUCCCAAACUCCAGCCCCACCCCCUGCACAGCAGCUCACCAACCAGAUGAGUGCCAUGCAAAUUAGUGGAUAUGGUCACGGCCCCCCGCAGGUUCCUCAGUCACCCUCCAGCCCUGUCGCCCAGCAGUCUUUCCAGCCUCCUCCACCAGCCAUGGGGCGUCCUCCCAUGCCACCAGGGGCCUCCUCGCCAACAGGGGCUGGCCCCCCCGUGGGUGCCAUGGCAACGGCUCCACCAAUGGGAGCACCUGGAUCCUUCUCUGGCCCACCCCCUCUCGGUGGUGGUGGUGGAUUCCAGCAGCCUCCUGGACCACCAGGGCCCCACGGCUUCCCUCCACAGCAAGGCCCGUACGGCGGCCAGAUGCCAGGGCCACAGCCUGGCUUCCCUGGAGCCUUCCCUGCAGGAGCAGCCCAAAUGGCAGGGCCACCACAGAAGAAGCUGGACCCAGACUCCAUCCCCAGCACAACUCAGGUCAUUGAGGAUGACCAAGCAAAGCGGGGAGGCCAGGUCUAUACCACCAACCUGAGGGGACAGGUGCCCCCAUUGGUCACCACGGACUUUGUGGUUCAAGAUCAAGGCAAUGCCAGUCCAAGAUACAUGCGCUGUACCACGUACUCCUUCCCCUGCACCUCGGACCUGGCUAAACAGUGCCAAGUGCCCCUGGCAGCCAUCAUCAAACCCUUCGCCAGAGUCCCCAAGAACGAGACCCCGCUAUAUGUGGUGAACCACGGCGAGGCUGGACCAAUCCGCUGCAACCGCUGCAAGGCCUACAUGUGUCCCUUCAUGCAGUUCAUCGACGGGGGGCGGCGCUACCAGUGCGGCUUCUGCAGCUGCGUCAACGAAGUGCCAGCGUUCUAUUUCCAACACCUGGACCAUAUCGGCCGACGAGUGGACUUCUAUGAGAGGCCAGAGCUGUCACUAGGAUCCUAUGAAUUCACUGCCACCCUGGAGUACUGCAAGAACAAGAAACCGCCCAGUCCCCCGGCCUUCAUCUUCAUGAUUGACGUGUCCUACAGCAACAUAAAGAGUGGACUGGUGCGGCUGGUGUGUGGGGAGCUGAAGACUCUGCUGGACAGACUGCCCAGGGAGGAGGGGGCGGAGUCCUCAGCGGUCCGGGUGGGGUUUGUCACCUACAACAAGAUCCUGCACUUCUACAACGUGAAGAGCGGCCUGGGCCAACCGCACAUGAUGGUGGUGUCCGACGUGGCCGAGAUGUUCGUGCCGCUGCUGGAAGGCUUCCUGGUCAACUUCCAGGAAUCCCGAUCCGUUAUCAACAAUCUGCUGGAUCAGAUUCCUGAAAUGUUUGCCGACACCAGUGAGAGCGAGACUGUUUUCGCUCCAGUCGUCCAGGCGGGCGUGGAGGCGCUGAAGGCCGCAGAGUGCAAUGGCAAGCUCUUCAUCUUCCACUCCUCCAUCCCCACCGCCGAGGCUCCUGGGAAACUGAAGAACCGAGACGACAAGAAGUUGAUCAACACCGACAAAGAGAAGACACUCUUCCAGCCUCAGAAGGGUGUCUACGAGCAGCUGUGCCAGGACUGUGUGUCCAUUGGCUGCUGCGUGGAUCUCUUCCUGUUUCCCAGCCAAUACGUGGACGUUGCCACCAUGGGCUCUGUAUCCCUGCACACCGGCGGCUCCGUCUACAAGUACAGCAACUUCCAGGUUCAAGUCGAUGGUGACCUUUUCCUCAGUGACCUGAGGAGGGAUGUGGAGAAGCCAAUAGGAUUUGAUGCCAUCAUGCGAGUUCGGACCAACACGGGCUUCAGAGCGACGGACUUCUUCGGUGCCAUCUACAUGAACAACACCACCGACGUGGAGAUGGCGGCGGUGGACUGUGACAAAGCCGUGACGGUGGAGUUCAAGCAUGACGACACGCUGGCCGAGGACGCAGGGGCCCUGAUACAGUGCGCCUUGCUGUACACGACCGUGAGUGGACAGAGGCGUCUUCGCGUCCACAACCUCGGCCUCAACUGCAGCUCCCAGCUGGCCGACCUCUACAAGAGCUGUGAGACUGAUGCCCUCAUCAACUUCUUCGCCAAGUCCGCGUACCGCGCCAUGGUGAACCAGCCCUUGAAGGCGGUGAGAGAGAUCCUGGUGAACCAGACGGCCCACAUGCUGGCCUGCUACAGGAAGAACUGUGCCAGCCCCUCUGCAGUCAGCCAGCUGAUCCUGCCGGACGCCAUGAAGGUGUUCCCGGUGUAUAUGAACAGCUUGAUGAAGAGCGCCCCCCUGGUGGGCAGCCCGGAGCUCUCCACAGACGACCGCGCCCUGCAGAGGCUGACGAUGACCUCCAUGGGUGUGGAGGACACCCAGGUCCUCUUCUACCCCCGGCUCCUCCCACUGCACAACAUGGACAUGGGCAGCGACGCCCUGCCGUCAGCCGUGCGCUGCUCCGAGGAGCGCCUCGCCGAGGGCGGGCUCUUCCUGCUGGAGAACGGCCGCCACCUCUUCCUGUGGCUGGGCCUGGCCUGCCCCCCUGAGCUCAUCCAGAGCCUCUUCAACGUGCCCUCCUUCGCCCACAUUGGCUCUGACGUGAGCACGUUACCUGAGCUGGACAGUCCUCAGUCUAAGAAGCUGCGAUCCAUUGUGGAACGCGUAAGACAGCAGCGGUCUCACUCUAUGAAGCUCCUGAUCGUGAAGCAGAAAGAGCAGCCAGAGAUGCUGUUCCGCCAGCACCUAGUGGAGGACAAGGGCCUGCACGGAGGGGCCUCCUACAUGGACUUCCUGUGCUACGUCCACCGAGAGAUCCGGCAGCUGCUCACCUAACCGUCCCCAGGCCCCAAAACCCACCUCUCUGAGGAAUCACUUCAAUGGCAGUGUAGAACAUUUUAGUCUUACAUAUAUUAAUAACUACAGUGCGAAUAUCACACCUCUCUAAGGCCUUCUCUGCGCUGUAGUGCUGUGGUUCAGCACCUUGGCUUCCUAACAGAAGCUGUUAGGAACUACAUAGACACAUCCCCACAUGUCUCACUCACUCACCCCAUCCCC